CUAGGUUCCUCGUCCGCCUAAAUCAUCUGUGGGCAUUGGUUAUGUUGUCAUGUCCCGCCUACUGGCCGGUCUGCGGACUUCACACAGGCAGUUGUGUGUUUCAUAAAAAUGCACUCUGAUGCGGCAAGUAAGUAGCUAUAGUUGUUGCUUUUGGUGUAUUUUACGCGCAGUAGGAUAGGCUCCACGUAUUGAUAACUUACGUAACAGCGACCGGAUCUAUUGCAUUAUCUGUUUACUUUUAGAUUUAGCUGUUAAUCGAGUGUCUAAUAAAUGUAUGCGCAGACUAUCUGUCUAUUGCCAUUCUCUUUGUAUUUCCAAGUGUUAUCUUGAGGCGCAACAAAGGGACUGUGUACUGUUUUAUUGCUGAAGGUACGCACUUUUUGUUGACUUAUUGUUAGGACAGCUAACGUUGCAAAGGCUACUAUUCGGUUGAAUUCAUCUGCUAAAUAUAUCAUUAUUGUUGACCUAUUAUACUGCUAUUUUAUCUCUUAUUUACGGACGGGAAUGCAGUGCUACUGCAAAGCAAGUUACACUUGGAACAAUGUUGUGUAGGCUAAAUAGGUCAGUUUUCCAGUCAACUACGGAAAAUUACAGAGGAUGAAAAUUGUGACGCAGUUCUAUAAAAUAUAUUUCUAUGCUUGCUGCAAUAGAGCUGUCUGACUGCGCGUCAUUUACAUCAACUGUUGCAAGAAAACCAUAAGAUACUUGCAUGCACUAUUCCAUAGGAUGUAACAUUUUUGUAACAAUAUAAUAUGCAUUCAUCAAUUGGGGUGAGUGUCGGGAGAGGGGUGUAGAAUGAAAUCUUAAUUUCUGAGGCCGGGAAUUGUAGUCUAAUUCCACUCCAGUGAUCAAGAUCUUAGAACCUUGAUCCAGGAAAUGGACUACAACAACCAUAAUGUCUCCAUCUACUCUCAAGAUACUUUGUAAACUCUGUGCAAGUUGUGCGUAUGUACUGCUAUUUUAGGUAGUCUAUGCAGUUAGUGCUAUGAUGAAGUUCUGCCUUUCGUUGAUCUGCCUGUGUGAGCGUUUUGACUAUGGAAACUGAUUAAAAGCGAAACUGACACUUCUUGAACGCAGAUGAGGUGACUAGAUUUUUUCUUGUAUAGGCCAUGUCGGCGUAGUGUUGAAUCAUAAUCGACCACUCUACUUUUUGUCUGGGAUUCUGUGAACCCAGUUACAUUUGAAUACAAUCCUCCUUAUCUGUCAGCCCUGCUCAUGAUCUGACUGUAGACUACUGUAUUAUAUUACUGUAUUUUAUUGUAUCUAGCUACAGUCCUUCAUACCUCUUUCUGGUUGGUAUUAGACGUACUGUGAGAGAACGAUUAUAACUGCUCAGCAUAAAAAAUACAUAUUUUAUUAUCAAUCCCAUCAUGACAAAAGGCUUUGAUUAUGUGCAGUUAUGGCUGUUUGACGUCACUAUUUCAUCAUCCCAACUAUUUUGAUGCAAAUAGUGAAGGUGAUUAAGAUGGUUGCAUUCCUAUUGGUUGAAUGCAAAGAUGUGACCCCCAUGACAGAGGGAGGAGCAUGAUGAUGUAGGCAGGCUGUGGGUAGCAGAUGGUGAGUUCUCCCUGCUAUCAGUGCCCUGGGAAACCUAUGAUUCUGUGAGAAGGUUAUGUUUCUGUGAGAAGCAGAUAUUUGUUUCAUAUUGCAUAUUGUUACAUGUUACAUGUACUGUUGCGUAUCUGUUCCAUAUCUAAUGUAUGUGCUGUGCUGUAGUGGUGUUACAUUUAGAGAUGUGCUGAAAUGUACUUUUCCCCCUUUAGAUUUUCAGCUGAACUCCCAUUUUUCUACGCUGGCCAGCAUCCACAAAAUCUACCACACCCUGCACAGGCUGGUAAAAGCAUUUUGCCCACAUACUAUUAUGUGUUUUUCAUGUGUCAUAUGAGUACCUGCCACCUGUUCCAACUGUUUACUUUAUGGAGUUACUCUGGCAAAACGCUAAGAAUUUGAUCACGGACAUUUAACCCUAUGUACAAAUGAAUCCUAGUUAUUAAUGAGUUAUAGACAUGGAUUAAUGUUCUAUUCUUGGAUGGAUACUUAAAGGGAUUAAUUCAUCCUUCCUCUCAUCCUAUCUUCUCUCCUCCCUCUCUCUCUGAAAUAAUAACUGCAUCUCUAAAGGUUACAAGCUUGAGGAAAUGAGAGAGCAUGGCUUCCCACACACCCUUUCCUUGCUCACUGCAUGCGAACGUUGGUGCUGCUGUGUGUGCGUGCAUGUGUCUCUUGGUGGGGGUUGCCUAAUACAGUGCCAUUUAUCUCUCCCCUCAGAACCUGACGGAGGACGUUGGACAGGACGGUCACUCCACAGGUACCGACCAUGCCUGCAUCUAAUGCAGACUUACAUGACACUUACUAGCUCGGUUUCCAUCCAAUUACACUUACAUCUAAAAAUCUGCAUAAACACAAUAUUAGCAAUUUCUCACCACAGAUGUGUUUCCAUCAAAUGGAUAAAAGGCUGUGCGUGAUGACAUAGUGCACAUAAAAAUAACUUUUGCUGUUAAAGUCCCAUGUACCGAAAAAAAAAAAGAAGGGUUUCUAUCGCAUUUUAAACUCUACUGAUGGUUUUGUCACACAACGUUUUUUUGUUCAUAUAGCGAAUGAUCCCACUCUGGUCUUGGCAAAUUCUCUCUAGCCAACAGCUCGCAGAUACAGUGUGGGUAUAGCCUACAUGAUGAGAUUAUUAAGGACAAAAAGAGCAAGAUUAUAUUUAUUUGUCAAAUGGCAGCCAAGCAUCGAUCAUCAUGUCACCAGAAUAAGACCUUCGAUACUUUCACCACCCUGUGAAGUUAAUCAUAAUUUAUUUAAUCUGUAGCCUAAUGAACUGCAUGCUUUCCCGAGUCAUAGUGGGAGGACCACACAACAUAUCAUCGCGUGACUCCAAGUUUACUUCGAUAUGAUGGUUAUUUGCACAUAAAGGCAUUUCCACCGCCAUUUCUCACAUAAUACAUUUUACCGACACAAAAAGAUCCCACCUUUUCUAGCGUAUUUUGUUUUGUCGACAUUUGGAAAGUUUACCGACAAAUUUGCUAUUUCCAUCAGGCCUGUCGUGACAUUUCUUAUCUGACAUGUACUUUACUUGCAUAAAAAGGUAGGAUGGAAAGCUGGUUACUGAUCUCUAUAUCUCUCUCCUAACUCUCUCUCUCUCUCUUGUUUCUCUCAGCCUGCUGCUCCAGAACCAUGCCUCCUAGGAAAAAGAGGAGACCCACUACUGGAGAUGAACUGUCAGCCAAGAAGAGUCGCCAGGACAGGUACUACCAACCUGCUACACCAACGAAUGCAUCAGUUAGAUCAGUUAUUACACAAUAAGAGAAGAGUCUUAUUCAGAUUCACUGUUCACUAAUCACUCGUGGACAGACUACGUGACGUCUGUCAAAAGACUGGGAUGUGAUGACUAACACCUCGAUCACACCGACAGUCAUUGCAUUUUGGAACACCAGAAGUACAUUCAUUUCCAAUGGAACGCUGCGUUUGCCUUGCGGCAUUGCGUUGCAGAUGCAGCUGCAGUGCGUUCUGUGUGGUGUAUACGUUGGAUAUAUCCAACGUAUGCAUCAAAAUGUAUGCGUAGACUUGAAAGAAAUAGUAGCAAAAGGUGAAUGUUGAACUUUUGUUGCACACAUAUCCAGUAAACAUUUUGGAUUACAUAAUGAAAAGGUUUGACUGAAUAAUUUAUUACGCAGCAUUGAUGCAAGGACGCUGUCAGUCUGACCGAGGCGUAACCAGUAACAGUUGUUUGUGUGCACAGGUCUUUCAUCACUGGUUAUUUGAACAAGUCUUGAUUUAGCGGGUGUGCACGUCUUUCGAAAUUCGGAAGGGGAGGGUACAUUUGACCCAUAGCCUUGCCUGAAACUUGCAGAGAGAGGGGGGUGGAGCUACCGCCCUGCUUUUGCACCUCAUUCUAGUAUCUUUUCUCAUACAUCUCCCCCCAGAACCUAAUCGAGUAUCUAAUGCAAAUGCGCACCAUUUUUGUUCUAGAUUUUAACUGUUCACUGAAACAGUAUGCAUGCAUGAUGACAAGUGAUUUCUCUCCCCAGUGGAUUUGCAUACAUCAUUGUCAUAUCAGAAAUUCAAAAGAGCAGCAAGAUGACUUUUCCUCACAUAGCUCAUCCAAUAGUUAUCUGUCAGGAUGAACCUUUUUCUACAGCGUAGUGUGUGAUAUGCUCCCAGACGGUAGGAUUUUAGGCCACACAAUGUAUUCCCAGCACCCACAGUAAUGGGUGAAAUAUGCUGUGUGUGCAGUUCCGUAGAUUGUGUCUGAAAUGGUCUUUUUCGAAAUGCAGUGUUUUUAGAAAACAUGAGGCACCACAAAUCCGAGAGGAAGAGACCUUCUCCAGUAAAAGAUGUCUGGAGUGGUUCUAUGAGUACGCAGGUGAGACACAAGGUUUGUAAAUAUAAAUUUCCCAAUUCCUCUAUCAGUUUAUAUAAGCACACUGACCAUAAUGGUGUAAAUACCUUCUCUGUUACCCUUAGAUUUGGGUUUUCAUAGUUGAAUUGUACUGUGUGAGAAAGCUGUGAAUCAGGCAUCAUUGAUUGCUUCAUAAAGGAUGUCUCUUGCUUUAUGAAAUAAUGUCAUAGAUUAAUGUUUUGUGUUUGUCACCUGCAGGUGGGAUAGGGUCAUAGAGAAUUGUUACGUAUGUAUGUACGCAUUGUGAUUGUAAUUUUUGCUGUGAUGUCAGAAUACUUUGUUACCUCUUCUAUGUCAUAUAAUUCUAUGACAUCAUAACAAUAGCGAUUAUAAUCAUAGUUUUCGUGAUGUGAUGUCAUAAUAGGGAAUGCUUUGACCUCCGGAUUAUGACAUCACACCAUGUAAAUAGAAUAGAAUCUAUGGUUGUGAUGUCAUAGCAUUGUUGUGUCUGUGGCAUACUAUGCUGUCAUAAUAUCAGAGAUUAAUCCUAUGUGUUUGUUUCUGGUAGGAGUGGAUGAUGUCAUAUAUAAUGGCUCUGUAUAUAUAUGUGUGUGUAUCUUUGAUAGGCUGUGAUGAUGUUGUGGGGCCAGAGGGAAUGGAGAAGUUCUGUGAAGACAUUGGAGUGGAACCAGAGAAUGUAAGGAUUGCUAGUCAUGUCUAUGUAGAUGGGUGACAUUUAUAAUCCAUCCACAUGUGCAUGCACUUUGUUUGUUAUAGUUGGGGACAACUCCAUUAUUCAGAGAUGGCACAAAGAUUAAAAUGACUCAUUGAAAAGUAAACAUCUCAAGCAUUUCAAUGUAUUAUAGUAUGUGAGUGUAUGCUGUUCUUUGUGAACAGGUGGUGAUGCUGGUUUUGGCCUGGAAGCUGGAUGCCCAGAGUAUGGGCUACUUCACCCUACAGGAAUGGUUGAAAGGCAUGGGCUCCCUGCAGUAAGUCUCUGCUCUCAGUUUGUGUGUGUUUUACUGUAUGUGUGUUCUGUGUGUCUGUCCCUACAGUUUAUCAGUAGGGACAGUCUAAGGCACUGCAUCGCAGUGCUAACUGUGCCACUAGAGAUCCUGGUUCGAAUCCAGGCUCUGUCGCAGCCGGCCGCGACCGGGAGACUCAUGGGCGGCGCACAAUUGGCCCAGCGUCGUCUAGGGUAGGGGAGGGAAUGGCCGGCAGGGAUGUAGCUCAGUUGAUAGAGCAUGGCGUUUGCAACGCCAGGGUUGUGGGUUCGAUUCCCACGGGGGGCCAGUAUAAAAAAAAUAUGUAAUCACUAACUGUAAGUCGCUCUGGAUAAGAGCGUCUGCUAAAUGACUAAAAUGUAAAUGUAAAUGUUUAUGUCCAUUCCUAGCUGUGCCAUGUACAACAUGGUGCUGACCCCAGACUGGGGAUAAAGUCUGCCUCUGUCUGUAUAGUCUACUUUAUAUUCAACUCUGUUUAUAGUCUACAGUCUACACUCUGACAGCUGGGACUCUAGUCUGUCUCUAACGUGUCUCUCUGGCGUUGUCAGGUGUGACUCCACAGAGAGGCUGAGAAACUCCCUGGACUACCUGAGGUCUGUCCUAAACGACACCACCAACUUUAAGCUCAUUUACAGAUACGCCUUCGAUUUUGCUCGGGUGAGUGAAGCAAAGCCGCAUCUGCAGUAUUCUCACUAGAUUUCCUCUGACUGGGAUAUUUAUUCCCCUGGGAUAUUUAUUUUGACUGGUAUAUUUAUUUGUUGAUGUUUAGAUUCAACACACGACAGAUGAUAAAUGAAACUAUUACCGUUUAUAGAAAUAAACACAAAAAAGGAUCAGUGACGUCAGGUAGGAAAGUAAAGCUGUGCUGUCAGCGCUCAGCUUAGUUUUGAGUGUGUCAAGAUAAUUUUCUUGUUCGCCUUGCAUGGCUGAAGCUCUUAUCAUGAGUACUGCUUGUUCUAUAGAGUCAGUCAUAUUUGACCCCUGACCUCUGAGACAUCUGUUAGGGCUCUAUUCAAUCUGUAAAGCUGAAGCGUUACAGAUUCCGCUAAGUAAAUUUGAAGGUAAUUUCCGAUUUGAGCCGACAUGUGCAGCGUUUACAGUGAAGGCAGUCUCCACUAAAGCGGGAACAUUGCCUUUAAAUUGAAAUCAAGCUGUAAAGCUGAAUUUAUGCAAUGCGGAUUGAAUAGAGACCUUUAAUUUCUGAUUUUGUAGGAAAAGGACCAGAGGAGUUUAGACCUGAACACAGCCAAGUGCAUGCUGGGGCUUCUCCUGGGGAAGACGUGGCCACUGUUUCCUGUGUUUAAUCAGUUUUUAGAGGUAUGGUGUCUAACUAACCCGUGUAACCUUCAACUUGAUAUAGUGACGAAACCGUGUCAAACUAUAGUGUAUACUAUGUAUUGACUGCCUGUCCUGUCCGUGUCUGUCCUUCAGCAAUCCAAGUAUAAGGUUAUCAACAAAGACCAGUGGUGCAACGUUCUAGAGUUCAGCAGGACAAUCAACCUAGACCUCAGUAACUAUGACGAGGAUGGAGCCUGUAAGUGGACACAUACAAAAACUAAUACACAAACACUCAUUCCGUAAGUGGUACAGGGGAUCAGUGCUCUAACGUUAUUGUUCUUUUCUCUUCUUUUGUCAGGGCCAGUUUUGUUGGAUGAGUUUGUGGAAUGGUACAAAGAAAGAGAGAUGUCAUAGCAUUAGGUACACUGCAACAAAACCACAUUAUAAUACAACGGCGAUGACAUAAACGGCUAUGAGAACUAAAAACAAACAAUACAAAAUGGGAGAGGUGCUUGUCAGUGAUGACAGGUGGUGCAUCCAGGUAAUGAUAGUGAUGUGGUUGGGGGGGGGUAGGUGCAAGCUGCUCUGGCGAGAUUAGGAUGUAGGUCACCAACCCUCUCCAGGUAAUGAUCCCUACCCAUGUUACAUUGUGGGUAAGCUCACGGCGAGCCCCCGUGGUGUUGCGCCCCCUCACUGUGAUGUGUCAUAUUGCUGUGUGUUAGGAUAAGGUGUUCUCUUGAGUGGCUAAAUGGUUUUGAGAGAGAUCCACUCUUGAACCCUUCACUCCCCUUAGGAGGAAUAAAACAAACUAAAUCCCUCCAUUUUGAAUGGUCGGUCUAAGUCUUAAAAACAAGGUCAUUUUGACCUGGACACAUUUGAAUAUUGCAUAUCCGUGCUUUGAACUUGAUCUGUACUUGUCUCUUUAUAACCUAAAGAACCCAUUGUUUCUAUCAGUUUUGUCCUGUUUGGGUUGAAUUGGAAUUCUUGAAGAAGCACACUGUGUCAAAUGGCUGAGUGUUACAGUAGUUGAUCUUUUAGUCAUGGUCAUUAAAGCUGUUGUUACAGGUGGAUGAUGACACCUGUACAGUUUACUGUGAUUAAGUAAUUUGUGCCAGUGACUUUUGAGCCCCUUUUUUCAUCCGUAUUCUUACUGUGAUACCAGCCUGUGCUAAAGCUUUGUAGCCCCCUGUGAAGCCUUCAGAUUACCUCAUACCACAACAACAACUAACCAAUCAGCAGUGCUGCUUAUUAACUCUUAUUACAGUGCAGUGGUCAGACGUUAGUGGACUGGCCAGCAUUCAUUGGUUAUGUGACCAAUCUAUGUUUCUAAGCUGUAGGUUUUUAAGAGUAUUUUCUGUGCCUCUUAACAAUUUAUGGAAGUCACUUUACUUGCUCAAAACACAUACAUGAGAUACACACACACACACACACACACACACACACACACACACACAGUGGUCAGGGAUAAGUUCAGGAUGAAAUUAGACUGUUUGGCCUAAGUUGCAAGUUAAAAUAGAGGUACAUUUCUAUUUUAUCUUCAUAUCUGGCAUAUAGCUUUGGUCUUGUCUUCUGUUAUGUCCACUGAUCAUAUCCAGUUUCAUCCAUAUUACUAACGAGCCUCUCUCUCUCCCCAGUACUUACAGUGUUAUAAUUGGAAGACCGUUUAAGGCCUUUGAGGAAUAGGUUGUGUAGGGUAGGCAGGCUGUAUUAAGGGGAAAUCCAAUCCCAGCAUGCAUGCAUUGCCAUGUAUCAUUCAAGAGGUCUCAAAACCAUGGACACUGAAGGGUUAGAAAUUAGAACCCUGUGGUGAUGCUAUGGUGUUCUUUUUGCCUAGCGUAGGGCUAAUGUUCUUGUAACACAUGUAAACUUUUGUCUCUAGCUGUGAUGUGACGCUCAAUUGUCAUGAGAGUGAAACUUUGCAUGCACGCUCUCCAUCAGAGCCAUCUGUGAAUGGAUGAGAUUUUUGAAUACUUGUUUUAUUGUUGUUUUUGUACAGGAAUUUGUGCAAGUGUUUUUGUGCUUCAUUUGAUAUCCUCGGUCAUGUUGUCUUAACGCUUUAUAAAAACUAUGACUGUGUAUAUUCAGAGCUGAAACACACAUGCAACCUCAUUUGGGGAAGAGGAGUUCCAUCCUGCAUUUGCCCAACCACUCCCUUCUAACACACAUACACA